CUUGGACAAUGGACGGAGCAGCAGCUUUGGUUCUGAUGUUGUCAGCAAUGGCAGUGCUGUUGGUUGGUGUGGAGAGCCAGCAGAGGGUGUGUUACUCCGGUCCCCCACCGGAACCUGAUCCUGAUAAUCCGGAUGACUGGAUGAAGCAAGUCAUGCGAGAGAUACGGAAGCGUUGCCCAGGAAGGAGGCAACCUACCCCAGCUGAGUGUUUGCAACCCCUUGGAAUGGCGGACGGGACAAUCCAGGAUAAUCGCAUCACGGCGUCCAGUAGUCGCCACUGUUGCCCUGCCAGUGAUGGACGCCUCUACAGUAACAACAAAUGGCUAACCUCGAUCUCCAACGAUCCCUGGAUCGAGGUGGACCUCGUGCAGAGUACAGUGGUGACUGGAGUCACCACACAAGGCAGCGGCUCCAGUUCGUACGUGAUGCGGUACAAGGUGGCGUAUCGGCAGCAGCCCUCAUCCCAACGCAAACACGUAACAGAUGGAAACGGAGACAUCAAGGUGUUCAUCGGUAACACCGAUAUCGACACCCCGGUCACCAACCUGUUUGAUGAAUGUGUGGUGGCCACGGUAGUACGCAUUGAGCCUACUGAAAGCCAUGGUGGUGCUGCCCUGCGAUUGGAGCUGCUUGGAUGUCGCCGUGAUUAA